AUGUCAGACAUAGUAUCGGUCAAGUCAAAUGCCUGGUAUAAUCGUUUGUUCAAUAAGCUUUUCACUUCCGACAAUUAUUACAAAUCAAUGCAGGCCAUGUUCUUUUUAACUUUCAUUUAUGGUAUUACACCCUUUUGUGUGGUAUCCAAUAGUUAUGGUUGCAAAAGUUUAAAAACAUUUUAUUUCGGCUAUCUUAAUGCUAUACUGCAUAUCUGUGUCAUGGCUUUUUGUUAUGCUUACACUAUGUACUAUAACGAAUCGGUAGCGGGUUAUUUUCUCAGUAAUAAUAUCUCGAAACUCGGUAAUAAAUUGUAUGUUUUUAGUGGUGUCAUUGGUACUACGGUUGUCUUUGUAUCGGCUGUUAUACGUACGAAAAUUUUACAAAAAUGUUUUAAUAUUUUACUUAAAGUGGAUGAAUGUUUUAAACAGAUCAACUAUGUUUUGGAUUAUACAUUAAUUUUAAGAUUUACUCUAUUUGUUUUGAGUGCUGUGGCGUUAUUUGUUGGAACACUAGCGGUGAUUUGUGUAUAUUGUUUGAAAUCAAUGAAUGUUUAUCCCUCGCCAUGUUUGAUUGUAAUAGUGGUGGCAGAGUUUCUAACGAUUUCAGUUUCAAUUUCACUGUUUUGUUCGAUGACAAGAUCGGUACAGAGGAGGGUUCGUCUAUUGAAUACGGUAAGAUAA